AUGGAGACAGCGUUGAAGUCUCACUGUGAUGAACAGCACCCUCAUCAGGCUGAAGACUUCCGUGGGAAACAUGAGCAGAACAGCAAGCUUUCAGGUAUAAUAAAAAAAGAUAUUGAAAAUCUUUAUGAAGCAGUGCCACAGCUUGUAAAUGUAUUCAAAAUUAAGGAAAAAAUUGGAGAAGGUACUUUUAGUUCUGUUUACUUGGCCACAGCACAACUACAAACAGGAAAUGAGGAAAAAAUGGCUCUGAAACACCUGAUUCCAACCAGCCACCCUCUGCGAAUUGCUGCUGAACUUCAGUGCCUCACAGUAGCAGGGGGACAAGAUAAUGUUAUGGGAGUUAAAUAUUGCUUUAGGAAAAACGAUCAUGUGGUUAUUGUUAUGCCGUAUCUGGAACAUGAAUCCUUCUUGGACAUUUUGAAUUCUCUUUCCUUUGAAGAAGUGAGGGAAUACAUGUUUAAUCUGUUUAAAGCGUUGAGGCGCAUUCAUCACUUCGGUAUUGUUCACCGUGACAUCAAGCCCAGUAACUUCCUCUACAACAGGCAGCUAAAAGAGUAUGCCUUGGUAGACUUCGGCUUGGCACAAGGAACCCCCGACACGAAAAUUGAACUUCUCAAAACUGCCCACUCUGAAGACCAGCAGGGAAGUUGCUCACAAAAUACUCCCGCCAUAGCCUUGGGAACUGGGGUUUCUGUCAGUGUCACAGCACCUAAACAGAUAGCUCAACAGUCAGCCUCAAAAGCAGCUGAUAAAAGGUCCAGCUCACUUUCAAAAAUACAGACUAAACAAGGAAGAGGAGGAAAGGAGGAUUCUGUACACCAUUCUGUCCAGCGCUCUGUCUUUGGAGAGAGGAAUUUCAAUGUCUAUAGUUCAACAUACCAGGAGAACUUGAGUACAAAACUCAUAAAACAAUCAAAGAUGAUAGAUGUUUCAUCUAGGAAGUUGGUAACAAAGAAGAUCGUUUCUACCAAAACAGUGAGCAAUGGGGCAGCCAGGAAAGCUGCCAGUGGUUGUCCCUCAAACCUGACCUGUGACUGUUACGCAACAGAUAGAGUUUGCAGUGUUUGCCUUUCAAGGUGUCACCAAGUUGCUCCCAGAGCAGGAACACCUGGAUUCAGAGCACCAGAAGUAUUAACAAAGUGCCCCACACAGACCACAGCAAUUGACAUGUGGUCUGCAGGAAUCGUAUUCCUUUCUCUGCUCAGUGGACGAUAUCCAUUUUACAAAGCAAGUGAUGAUUUAACGGCUUUGGCACAAAUCAUGACAGUACGUGGAUCCAGAGAAACCAUUCAGGCAGCUAAAACUUUUGGUAAAUCAGUUCUGUGUACCCAAGUUGUCCCGGCACAAAACUUAAGAACCCUCUGUGAGAAGCUGAGAGGAACAAAUAGCAGCUGUAAGAAACCCCAGAGUGAAGUGCCCAGCAAGUCCGUAAAUGACUCAGCUUUGCCAGUUGCAGUAGACAAACCGUGUGCUUCUGAGGCACUCGGAAAACAAAUUCAACACUCAAAGAGCUUUCAGGAAGGUGAAGGUGCUUUGGACAUGAAGGCAACAGAGAUGAAAGGAUGGGAUCAGGUUCCUGAUGAAGCAUAUGACCUACUUGAUAAGCUACUCGACUUAAACCCUGCAACAAGAAUAACUGCAAAAGAGGCUUUGCUGCAUCCUUUUUUUAAAGACAUGAGACUUUGA